AUAACCAAACAAACCGAUCUGGCGGCGGUCUCGGAACCUGUCAUAGUAACCGGGGGAAGUACAGGCGCCGGCGCCAUAUCAAACGACAGCAACGCAGUUACCAACGUGCCUGGGGGUGCGAAUGCGAUCACAGGUGCACAUCCCUCGGGGUUUCCCAAGGCGUCUGCGGGACGUUUCCAUAUAUACUCAUCACAAGCAGACGAGAUUGGGGCGCUAGCGAAGCAACAGCCG